UUGCUCUUUACCAGCUCAGUGGCCUUGCGAAAGUCACUGACCUUUCACAGCCUCGGUUUCCUUAUCUAUAAAAGAAAAAUAAUGAUACCAAUUUGGCAGAGUUGUUUGAUGAUUGUUGCUCGCUUUUUCAAAGGGGUUUGUUUUGUUUUGUUUCUCAGCAUGUCAAUAGUAACAGUGCAGCUUGGUCAGUGUGGCAAUCAGAUUGGUUUUGAAGUGUUUGAUGUUUUAUUUAAUGACUCACACUGUCCUGGAGGACUCUGCUCUAAAAGGGAGAAUGAGGCAUAUCAAGCAUCUUGCAAAGAAAGGUUCUUCAGUGAGGAGGAAAAUGGAGUUCCAGUUGCUCGUGCUGUCCUUGUUGACAUGGAACCUAAGGUUAUCAAUCAAACACUGUCAAAGGCUGCCCGUUCCGGCCGGUGGAAAUAUGGCCAACAUUCAUGCUUCUGUCAAAAACAAGGUUCCGGAAACAACUGGGCCUAUGGAUACUCUGUUCAUGGACCCAGGCAUAAAGAAUCUAUAAUGAACCUAAUCCAGAAGGAAGUGGAGAAAUGCGAUUCUUUGAGUGGCUUUUUCAUCAUAAUGAGUAUGGCUGGAGGCACCGGAUCCGGGCUAGGAGCCUUCGUUACUCAGAACUUAGAAGAUCAGUACUCAAGUGCUUUGAAAAUGAAUCAGAUUAUAUGGCCUUAUGGAACUGGUGAGGUUAUUGUUCAGAACUACAACUCCAUUUUGACACUUUCUCACUUGUACCGAUCUUCAGACGCCCUCCUUGUUCAUGAGAAUGAUGCUGUUCAUAAGAUCUGUGCGAAGCUGAUGAAUAUCAAGCAGAUCUCCUUCUGUGAUAUAAAUCAAGUCCUCGCACAUCAGCUGGGAAGUGUGUUCCAGCCUACUUACUCCAGGGAAGGCUCAUUUCACUACAGGAGAAAUCCACUAGGUAUUGAUUGGCAGGUUCGGCCACCUUUAUCAGGACUUCCUCCUCUUGGUAAAAUGUCUGUCAACAAAGAGACGCAUUUUAACACUUCCAUCGCUAACUUGGUCAUCCUUCGUGGGAAAGAUGUACACAGUGCGGAUGUGGGAGCAUUUAAAGAUCCAGCUCUCUAUACUUCCUGGUUAGAGCCUGUUCAUGCUUUCAAUGUGUGGAAAACCCAGCGAGCCUUUAGGAAAUAUGAGAAAUCUGCAGCCUUGGUCAGCAAUAGCCAGUCCUUAGUAAAACCACUUGAUAUGAUUGUGGGUAAAGCAUGGAAUAUGUUUGCUUCAAGAGCCUACCUUCAUCAGUACACAAAAUUUGGAAUUGAAGAAGAGGAUUUUUUGGACAGUUUCACGUUGUUAGAACAGGUUAUUGCUAGUUACUGCAACCUCUGAUUUUGAACCAAGGGGAAAAAUUACCUUAAGUCAAUUUUGGACUAAAAUACUUGCAAUACUACUUUCUCUAUAAGGUUUUAAAAUUCCAGUCUGCUAAUGCUACAGAGUCAAAUGCUGAUUCCUUCUUCAUACUAUAGCCACAGAAAAGGAGGAAAACCUUUCAUGUUUUCAAUUAAAACAUCUACUUGAUAUUUUCCUUUGUAAGAAAAAAAAUUGGUGCUUCUUUAAAGAACUUUGGGAACACUUUGCUGAGAUGUUACAACUUUGAAACUAUCAGAAAAGGAAACUUCCCUCUUUAUUCCAAAAAGCAUUCACUAAAUAUGAGCUAAACUUGCGUAGCACAAUUUUAAGUUAAGAAAUUGCAAUUCUGUAUUUAUAUUCAUCUUUGAAAUGAAUGUUUUGGACCACAAGAGGGAGCUGUUGUCAAAUGCUAUGAUGUGAACGUCUCUGAAUAUUUUAUUCGAUAACAGGGUAAGAUUUUCCACUUUAAGCAGCUAUUUAAAAAUAAAUGUCAGUAUUUUGUUAAUAAAUGUAUCAUGCUUAAGUACAAAAAGUAAAUAAGCAACUGUUUACUUGGUUUGCUUUUCUGAAAUUGGGCAUCAGAAAAUAUUUUCUUUUACAUCCUAGAAUGCCAGAGCAGAAAUCGAUUUUGCUCAGUGUUUUAAAAGUACUGACAGGUAUUUAGCUGGUGUGGAAGAAGGUUAAUUGUAAGGUAAUAUACAUCAAAGUAUAUUCUUUUCAGUAAAAGGGGUGAGAGCUUUCACCAAAAUGUCACUAAGUUGAUAAAAUUUAUCACCAAGGAAAUACUAAUAUAUUACUAUUGCUAAUCACUCAGUCGUGUCCGACUCUUUGCAGCCCCACAGACUGUGGCCCUCCAGGCUCCUCUGUCCAUGUGAUUCUCCAGGCAAGAAUACUGGAGUGGGUUGCCAUUCCCUUCUCCAGGGGAAUCUUCCCAACCCAGGGAUCAAACCCGAGUUUCCUGAUUGCAGGCAGAUUCUUAACCAUCUGAGCUACAAGGAAAUACUGUGCUAGAUGAACUUGACACAUAUAGAUGUUGGCCUCAUUUAGGACAAAACACAUUUGGAAGUUGGCAGCUGAGUUUGAGGGGAAUGGCUUAUUUCAAUAAAACACAUCACAUGCAAUGUGUUAACAAAUGUAAAAUGGGAAACAAAUAGGAACACUUGCCCUUUCUGCCAAGUCUACCAGUGGUGACUUAUUUUUAUAUGGAAAAAUGACAGUUCACAGAUUCACUGGUUUCUUCCUUCUCUUUCCAUAUGGAAAUGAUUACCUUUUUGCUGUUUUUCUUAUCAACUGUUGCUAUGAUUUAAAAUACUGAACCAUAUCUUAUUUCGAAGGAAUGUAAAAAGUGGUCUCUUCAUCUGCUAAAAGGCACACCCACUGCUGUGUUUUGUUAACCAAGAGUACUUAAAAAUAAUUAGAUCAUAAUUUUUACAAGAUAAAGUUAAAAGUAAUAAUUUAGCAUUGCAGAGAUCCCAAACACUGAAACAGUUUCCCAAACCAAACCAGCCUUAAUGAAGCUCUAUAAUUGAAUUACCUCAGUAGGGGGUAAGCUGGUUCUGAGGAACUUUGCCAAGUUAAGCUUAAAGAAAGUCAUAAGUUGAAAUCAUUUUAUAUUUGAGAAAAGAAAGCAUAAAGUACCAGUGGGAACAAAUGUAUUUCUAAUUUGCCAACUCAUGGACUCAAUAGCAGGUGACUAUUGGAGGUUAACUCCAAUUAGAGCCCUGGGUUCACUCAUUUAUGUGAGUUGAACUUUUUUUAUGUACAUUAUUUUUUAAUAAACAACUGCAUUAUUUGGUAGGUGUGGAUACCUAAAUAUGUGUGAAAUUGUUUUAAAUGUUUACAUGAACAAUUUUUUUUCUUAUCUAGUUUGAAUAAUGUAAAGUUUUUGCUAUUAGAGUUGUGAUAACUUAAAAAUGAACCAAAAAGUUGAUGCCAGAGCUUCAAAAUAAGGGCUGGUAUUAGAAAGGUCUGGAGGAGGGCAUGGCAGCCCACUCCAGGAUUCCUGCCUGGCGAGUCCCAUGGACAGAGGAGCCUGGUGGGCUGCAGUCCAUGGAGUUGCAAAAGAGUCAGACACCACUUAGCGACUAAACAACAACAAAAUGACCAAUCAGCUAAGUCAACGAUGGAAUCAUAACUUCCUGGGCAGAGACAUCCACAAGCUCCAAAUAUGUAAUUUCUUUUUUAAAGAAAUAUUUAUUUAUUCAUUUGGCUGAACUGGAUCUUAGCUCUGCUGCUCAGGAUCUUCAAUCUUUGUUGUGGCUUGCAGAAUUUUAGUUGCAGCGUGAGGGAUCUAGUUCCCUGACCAGGAAUAGAACCUGGGCCCCCUGCACUGGGGAGUGACGAGUUUUAGCCACCAGACCACGAGGGAAGUCCCUGAACAUGUAAUUUCUUAGAUUACUGAGUAACUGAUAUACUAUGUGUCACUCAGACAUCAUCCCACAGAGCCAAGAGGUACCCCUGUAGGCAGUGAGUGCAGUAUAAAGUCAGGCCUACUUCUUAUUUUAAUCAAGCCUUUUCACUCUUCUCCAUUUGUGCUUUUCUUAAGAACUAACUCUUUGACACAGAUGUACAGAACAGGCGUUUAGACUCUGUGGGAGAAGGCGAGGGUGGGAUGAUCUGAGAGAACAGCAUUGAAACAAGUAUACUAUCAAGGGUGAAACAGAUCACCAGCCCAAGUUGGAUGCAUGAGACAAGUGCUCAGGGCUGGUGCACUGGGAAGACCCAGAGGGAUGGAGUGGAGAGGAGGGUGGGAGGGGGGGAUCGGGAUGGGGAACACAUGUAAAUCCAUGGCUGAUUCAUGUCAAUAUAUGGCAAGAACCACUACAAUGUUGUAAAGUAAUUAGCCUCCAACUAAUAAAAAUAAAUGGGGGAGAAAAAAAAAGAACUAACUCUUUAAGCAGGAGAACCUGUUUCUUCCCAUUCAUUCUCUCUUGCUUCGAUCUUUGAGGGCUCCCCCACAACACCUUACCAAUAUUAGCAACACCUUUCUCUCUUCUUUAACCUGUCCCUCAGAACUCAGGAAGUGUGCCCACCGUUCACUGCUUUCAGUCCAUUCAUUCAUCCAGCCAGUAUCCAUUCAGUGCCAGGCACUGCACAAAUGUUAAGGAUAUGUGGACCAAUACCACAAAGUCUAAAUGAAGAAGCUUACAAUGUAGCUAAGUCUCUUUCCAUAUCUGGAGCUACAAUUCUAGCUUCCUAAUUAUUGCUUACUAUUUUGCCCAGGGCUUCCCAGGUGGCUCAGUGGUAAAGAAUCCACCAGUGCAGGACAUGCAGGAGACACGGGUUUGAUCCCUGGGCCGGGAAGAUCCCCUGGAGGAGGAACUGGCAACCCACUCCAGUAUUCUUGCCUGGGAAAUCCCAUGGACAGAGGAGCCUGGCGGGCUACAGUGCACGGGGUCACAGAGUCAGACACGACUGAGCGACCGAGAACACAGCACACAAACAUCUUUCCCAUGUCCACAUUCAGUUUUUUUUUUCUUUAAACAGGGAAGCUGUGGUACAAGGUAAAGAACAAUGAACCGGGACCGCCAGUCUAGGCUUUUGGUUUGUCUGGAACAUCUCCUCACUGGCGCUGUAGACUGCUCUGCAGUGUACAUACCAGUGAUUCUUCUCCUGACCACCAUGUUUAUCACACUUGCAUUCCUGUCCAAAUUUUGUCUUAAAACAUGCUCCAUAUGUUCCCAUCCUGCUAUUCUCUCCCCAUGAGCCCAGGGUUUGGCAGCCAACCCUUUCUUGUACUUCCACCUACCUUCCAAAUAUGGUUUUGUCCACCAACUUGUCAUUUUUGGCAAAUAAUAACAGUUAUUUAAGAGAGAUUUGCUCAUCUAUAUCAAUCACAUUGUUUCCUAUGGGUUUUAGGAAUGUGAGCGUAAAAAAUCUGGCUUUAUAUUUUUAACUAGAUAUCUUCUUAUUCCUACACUCUGAAAUGUCUCAGAUGAAGCAAUGUCAGCCUUAUUAGUAAAUGAAAUCCCAUGUCCCACUAGCAGGAAUGUUAAGAAAAACAAUGUAAAUAUUUUAAGUUUCCAGAGAACACAGUGUCAGGUCAGUGUUGGAGAAGAUAUGGCUUCAAGGGAGAGGAGGGAAAAGAUAGAAGAGCCUAAUCAUUUAGGCUCUAGGGAGCAAGUGAUGCAAAAAAGAGAUGAAAAGGAAGGUCAGAGAACUGAUGAUGAUGAUCCCAAAGAACUGCUAAUAGUUUACAAGCGUUUAAAAAAGACUCGAUGGUUUUCGAAUUACGGAUUUUACCUAAUGAUAAAGAAAAAAAUUCCAAGAAUAACUUACACAAAUAGCAUAGGGAGUUCCCUGAUGGUCCAGUGGUUAGGACUCUGCACUUUUGCAGGCAAAGGGCCUGGGUUCAACCCCUGGUCGGGGGAUUAAGGGCCUGGAAGCCACAGCAGUGCAGCCAAAAGAAAAAAAGAACAGUAUGAAGAGAAACAGCAAGCUAAACUACGUGUCACUUAGCAAAUAAUCCUGUCUUACUUGAAUUUAUUUCCUUUGCCAAUGAUGGAGCCAAUACAAUGGACACUUUCAUGGUUUCUCUUGUCCUAUUUGGGUUUAAUUAUUUACAUGGUAAGUACACAAAAACUCAGGUUUUCGCGUGAUCUUUUUUUCCAACAUUUGCUGUCCAAUAAGAUAGCCAUUAGACACAUGUGGUUAGUAAGUAUAAAAUACAUGCUGGAUUUUGAAGAUAAUAUUAGUAAAAUCAUGUAAAGGAUUAAUAUUUUAAACUGUGUAAAUGAUAUUUUGGACACAAUAGGUUAAAUAAAUUAUCCAAAUUGGUAUAAUACCUGUUUCUUUUUAUAUUUUAUUCUUUCCAUAUUUUAAAGUGCAGGUACUAAAAUUUUAAAAAUUAGAUAUUUGGCUUGCAUAAUAUUUCUGUUGGAGAGGGCUAUUCUAGACAUUGCAGGAGCAAAAUCCUGGGAAUUGUAGAAACUGGAGUUGAACAAAGCUUGUCCUUACUAGGUGAGAGUUCAUGGGAACAAGAUAGGAAGAGAAACAUGACAGGAGGCAGAAAGGUGGGAAUUUCCUUUUCUAAAAAAGAGGCCUUUGCUUAAGCUCGACUCAUGUGACCAGCAUGAAAGAGGCAGGAUAUGAGCUUAAUUCAACAAACAUCCAUCGAACACCUGCAAGGGAAGACUGUGCAAAGAUGAGGAAAUUUUAAAAUGAGGUAAACCUGCCUCCUCCCCUUACGGAGUUCACCAUUUGGUGUAUUUCUUGCUGCCCAAUCUAUGCCUGGCUCAUGUAGAUACUCUCUGUUUACUGAACAGAGUAUAAUACAAAUGUCUAACAAACUCUGGAAGAGAUGUAAAGCUGCAAAACUACAGACAAACAAUAAAACCCAUUAAAGGUCCCAUAUUAGCAACAGAUCUCACAGCUAUUAGAUGCAACUAAGGACCUGGAAAUAGAAUUGCAAAUAUUUUGUUUCUGAAGUCAUCUUAUAUCAGUAGAAGCCACUUAAGGCAAUAUAAAUUCAAACACCAUAUUAAGAGAGUGAAAAAGUGCCUUGGCUUGCAAGUCCUGGUCUAAAAUCUAAAUUCCAUCUCUGAGCUCCUGUAUGUGCAUGCUCACUUCAGUCAUGUCCAUCUCUUUGCAACUCUGUGGGCUGUAGCUCACACAGGCUCAUCUGUCCAUGGGAUUCUACAGGCAAGAAUGCUGGAGUGAGUUGCCAUGCCCUCCUCCAGGGGAUCUUCCCAACCCAGGGAUUGAACACAGGUCUCCCACACUGCAGGUGAAUUGUUUACCAUCUGAGCCACCAGGAAAGCCCAAGAAUACUGAAGUGGGUGGCCUAUCCAUUCUCCAGGGGAUCUUCCCAAGCCAGGAAUCGAACCAGGGUCUCCUGCAUUGGCUAGUAGAUUCUUAAUCACUGGACCACCAGGGAUGUCUCCCUUGCAUUUUUUUUUUUUUAAACAAAGUUAUAAACAUCCAACACAAACAUAAAAUAACUCAAAUUAUUUUUAAAAGGAUGUUAAUACCUGGAGAUAGUUUGAAGAACAGACGGAUAAGUCAAACGAAUCAGAAGCCAGCAACAAGGGGUGGAAGUAGUAAUUGGCCUCAUCAUUCUGAACUAUCACAGAAAUAGGGAGUAGGAAUGCCAGGAUGUCCCAGGUUGAGUCAGGCACAGAGGAGGGAGAAAUGAAAGACUUUGGGGUCCUAUUGUCUCACCAUGUUCUUCUAACGAACACUGCCCACUGGAUGGGAGGCUAGUAAAUAUAUCAAACACAAAGUCUGGGAGCAGCCUGAAAAAAAAAACUGUAUAAAGUCAGAAAUCAUUUAUGUAUGAAAGAAUCUUUUAUCUCCUCCUUGCAGAGACCAGGCAUGUCUUUUAUGCUCAGAUUCUUUUUUUUUUUUUUUUUAAUGCUCAGAUUCUUUAUGUUUGAAGAAGGACAUGCAGAACAUCUGCAAAUUUUGAUCUUACAUUUUUCUACAAGUCCUGUUUUGCAGCUUCCUUUGUCUUCUAAAAUUGUGCAAAGCACUUGCACACCCAUGCUUUUACCAGAUAGGUAUCUCAUUUCAUCUGCUUCCCUCCAAAAGCCAGGAACAGUCACACCCCCAAUUCUCCCAGGCUUCAAAAACUGUGCACCCUCCUGAGAGCGGAAUACUCAAGUUCUGUGCCCCUCUUCUCUACCCAAGGAUUAUGACACAGUAAAUCUCUCCUUCUGAACUCUGGUGCUCCCGGUGAGUGGUAUGACUGUGGUCAUAUGUCAUUGAUUCUGAACUCCUACCCAAGCCAACUUCAAUAAGCAUAACUCAUUUACUGAAGCGUGUAAACAACCCCAGCACUGAAGCAGCCAAAUGGAAAGCUGCCUUUACCACACGCUCUAGAAGGUGUAAUAAAGCCAUGAUUCUGACUUUUUGGCUUGGCAGAGGCGGCUGGGAGGAUGCCCUCCCGCUUACUUGGGAAUACUAAUGGCAUCUGGGUUCUAGGUGGCUGCCACUGCUGUCUAGGCGCGCACUGCUGGAAUCUUGGACUCUGGUAGAAAUAUACAGGAAAUCACAUUGCCAAACUUUUCUCCUUAUAAAGACAGACGAUCUCUCCAGGAAUUACCAUCCUCCCGGAUCUAGGAGGGAGGAGCCACGGGGGAAGCCAGCAGGAUACAACUGUGGGGAGGAAUUUUAAAGCAGUUUCCUGUGGCUCCAAGGCCCAGUCACAGGGCCAUUCUUUCACAAUGGCGCCACAUAGCAUGGGGCUGCUUUGAUGAUCACCUACAGCAAAGUACAGUGGACAUACCACUCUGCAACCACAGUCCCCAGCAUUUUGGCACCAGGGACUGGUUCUCACGGAAGACAAUUUUUCCGCGGAUUGAUGAGGUGGGGUUGAGGGGGUGGGGAUAGUUUGGGGAUGAUUCAAGUGCAUUUACACUUAUUGUGCACUUUAUUUCUGUUAUUAUUACGUCAGCUCCUCCUCAGAUCAUCAGAUCCCA